GAGUCACAGGGGGAAAAUGGGCAGCACGUGCCGCAGCCCAGGCCGUAGCGGGUGAUUCGAGGAGUCGGCACCAGGGGUGCGUGGAGGGCGGGAGGAGCCGGAGAACGUGCCUGUGAUUGGCGGGCCGGGGGUGGGGGUACCAAGACGCUUGUGGUUGGGCGAGGCCAAGACCAAGGGCUGCUUUUUGAACCGCGUAGGGUUCUGGGUAGCAAAGGCCUUGGAAGGGUCUUAACUGAAAGGGGGAGGGGAGAAGGUCGCCAACAAACGGCUGAGGUCACAAUCCGGGCCGGCACUAGGCCGGGGCGUCUCCCUCCCCCCAUGGAGAGAGCCAGGCCGGAGCUCCGCCAACUGCCGCGGGCGACCCCGCCGCGCCCGCUGCGCCCCGCUCCGCCCCCGAUGCCUGUCGAGGGCGCCUCCUUUCGGGCAGCGGCCGCGGAGCCCUCUGCGUCGCCGCCCGCCCCGUGCGCGGCCGCCAUUGCGACCGUAGUCUCGUCGUGCGGGGAGGCUCCGGCGUCGGGCGUACAGCCCGCGGCACAGCGGGUGCUGCAGGUGAACCCGGAGCAGGUGUUACUGUUGCCGCCUGGGCCACCAUUGCCUCUGGCCUGGGAGGAAGGCGCAGCCGCCUCUCCCGCGCAGGCGCGGCUGCUGCAGCUGAGGCCCGACCUGCUACUGCUGCCGCCGCCUUCGGCGUCCGAGGGCGCCCCCUGCAGGCCUCAUUUGCACCCGGUGCAGCCCCGGCCGGUGCACGUUAAGGCAGAGAAGCAGGAGCCGGACCCCAGCUUGGAUCCGUCAGUGGGACCUCGGAGGGCCAUCAAGGCGGGCCCUAAGGCCUCCAGGGCGGCAAAGGCGGGAGGCCCCGGGCCGGCCCUCGACAGCCCACGAGGGGACGAGAAGGGCAAGUUGGAGGAGGAGGAAGAGGUCAUGAGCUACACGGCGAAAGGCGGGGAAGGCAAAAGCCUGGCGGCUAUCAGAGAAGGAGUCAUCAAAACGGAGGAGGCUGAGAGACUCCGCGAGGACUCCAGGCUCGGCACAGAGCCCGCGUCCAGUGGCCUGGUCCAUGGCAGCAAAGAUGUCAUCCUGACCCAGCCGUCCAGUGCCUUUGGGCCGCACCAGCAAGAGCUUAGGAUCCCUUUGACUCUUCACACCGUGCCCCCUGGGGCCCGGAUCCAGUUUCAGGGACCUCCACCUUCAGAGCUGAUACGAUUGACCAAGGUCCCCUUGACACCGGUGCCUAUUAAAAUGCAGUCCUUACUGGAGCCUUCUGUAAAAAUUGAAACCAAAGAUGUCCCGCUCACCGUGCUUCCCUCAGAUGCAGGAAUACCAGAUACUCCCUUCAGUAAGGACAGAAAUGGUCAUGUGAAGCGACCCAUGAAUGCAUUUAUGGUUUGGGCAAGGAUCCACCGGCCAGCACUAGCCAAAGCUAACCCAGCAGCCAACAAUGCAGAAAUCAGUGUCCAGCUCGGGUUAGAGUGGAACAAACUUAGUGAAGAACAAAAGAAACCCUAUUAUGAUGAAGCACAAAAGAUUAAAGAAAAGCACAGAGAGGAAUUUCCUGGUUGGGUUUAUCAGCCUCGUCCAGGGAAGCGAAAACGCUUCCCUCUAAGCGUUUCCAAUGUACUUUCUGGUACCACACAGAAUAUCAUCUCUACAAAUCCAACAACAGUUUAUCCUUAUUGCUCACCUACCUACUCUGUGGUAAUUCCCAGCCUACAGAACACCAUCACUCAUUCAGUUGGUGAAGCUCCACCUGCCGUCCAGCUGCCCACACCUGCAGUCCAGCGCCCAAGCCCCAUCACGCUUUUCCAGCCGAGCGUCUCCAGUACUGCCCAGGUGGCUGUCCAGGCUCCAAGUUUGCCCCUCUGUCCACCACUCCCACCCCAGUGCUUUGCUGGGCCCUCCCAAACAGACACUCAUCAGCUGCAUUCUGGAGCCAGUUGCUCUGUGAAGAGACCCACUCCUGUCUCUCUGGAGAGCACCAGCAGGAUUCCAACUAGUGCAAGUACUGCCCACGCCAGAUUUGCAGCCUCUACAAUCCAACCUCCCAAGGAGUAUCCCAGCGUCUCCACUUGUCCCAGAAGUGCUCCAAUCCCACAAGCUCCUCCUAUUCCACAUCCACAUGUCUGCCAGCCCCCUCCCCUUGGCCAUGCAGCCACAUUGUUUGGGACCCCACCACGAUUCUCUUUUCAUCACCCUUACUUCCUACCUGGACCUCACUACUUCCCAUCAAGCACGUGCCCUUAUAGUCGGCCUCCUUUUGGCUAUGGAAAUUUUCCAAGUUCAGUGCCAGAAUGCCUUGGUUAUUAUGAAGACAGUUACCAAAUACAUGAGGCUAUGUUUUCAGCUUUAAAUAGUGACUAUCCUUUUAGAGACUACCCAGAUGAACGUGCUCACAGCGAAGAUUUUCGGCGUUGUGAGAGCAUGGAUGGGACCUCUUACUGUAACAGUCAUAGCCACAGUGGCGAAGAAUACUUAAAUCCCAUGCCUCAGCUGGACACUGGAGCCUUGGAAAGUGUCUUCACAGCCCCGACAUCAACUCCCUCUAACGUCCAGCAAGUCAAUGUCACUGACAGUGAUGAGGAAGAAGAAGAAAAAGUGCUCAGGAAUUUAUAAUUAUAAAACAAAUAUGUACAGAAAAUAAACAUUUCUUAAAAUAUAUUCUGGGUCACUUGAUGUGAAAAAAAAGCACCUAGAAUGCUUUGCUGAGAGUUUUCAGCCAUGAUCUGAGGAGUCAAAACCAAAUGCAAUUUAUGCCUUCAUAAAGUUUUGAUUAAUGAAA